UGGUCUGUAUGAAUAGCUUCAACAUCGACAGCAUCCACUCAGGAGAGAGGACGACGAGUGAAACAUCAACAGCAACAGCAACAGCAGCUAGCCUGGAGACAAAGAGCAAACUGGGCUUUCGCAUCCGGCUUGUGAGUCCUGUUUGUCGCUCUGGUGUCCGGGAGAGGCGGCUCUGAAAGGCCAGUGGCGGUGGUUUUAGUCUCGAGAUUGUACUGUUGGACUUUAUCCUCGCAGAGAGCUAGUUAGCUAACGGCGGAGAGUAAGUUAGCCACGCAGUGAUUUGUGCUGGUGAGUUAUCGCUAAAGCUGGAUGUGAAUGCUGAGGGAGUCCUGAAAGUUGAUGUCGAUAGCACAGGCUCUCCCCUUGUCAUGCAGACCCAUCUUUGUCGUGUCACCCCGGCCACUGACUCAACCUUGUCCUGAGCGAAGUGAUAACAACUCUGAAGAUGGCGAGUGCUUUAGACAGCGACUACAAAACUGACAACAUCAAGUCAUUGCGCUGGCACGCUACACAGCUGGUGUACCCGAGAUAAACUGCUAAUACGGGUUAAGUUGGGCAGUUAAUGUAAUGGCAAAAGGUUACCUGUAUGCCUUACUAUACCAGUGCAGUAAGAGCACCAGAGCAAUGGACUACUACUUAUGCUGAAGCCAUCGUCUUCAAAGUUUGUGAUUACUUGUCUCUGUUGAGAUGGACUUUGACUGUGUUUAGACGCUUUCUAGGAACCUGUAACAUAACAGCUGCUUCCAGGCCAAUCUGAGCUCCACUGCUGGUCCCCAGGGGCUGUUUGAGGACCGACAUGUCAAUGUCAGGGGCUACGACCGUGCAGCUUUUCACCAAGCUUGUAAAGCACGCAGUGGGCAAGACGCAGAUCCAGCUGAACCGCUGGCUGCAGAAGACCUCCACGGAUGAGUGUGACAAAAUCGACAUCCUAAUAUGCAACGCCUUUGAUGAGAGGGGGGCUGGCUUGGGGAAGUCGGAUGGUGUUCCCGAGGCCAGCGUUGACGCAGGGGGGACGACCUUCACCGGUGGUGCAGAGUUCAGACACCCGUGUUGUAUCACCACCUUCUGUUUUAAAAGCGCCCUGCUGGCGUGCAUCCUCACUGCUGUGUGCUUCUCCUCGGUGGCUCUGGUACGCCAAUACCUCAAGGACCUCCUGCUCUGGGUGGAGAGUUUGGACAGCUUUGUUGGAGCCAUGCUCUUUAUAGUUGGUUUGAUUAUCGUGUCCUUUCCAUGUGGAUGGGGAUAUAUUGUUCUUAAUGUGGCUGCUGGCUACCUCUACGGCUUUGUGCUGGGCAUGGGACUAGUUAUGGUGGGGGUUCUAAUAGGGACCUUUGUGGCACACGUGGUGUGCAAACGACUGUUGACUGACUGGGUGCUGAACAAAGUUGGAAACAACGAACAGCUCAGUGCCGUCAUACGUGUGGUGGAAGGAGGAAGUGGACUCAAAAUUGUGGCCUUAGCAAGACUCACCCCCAUACCUUUUGGACUUCAAAAUGCAGUUUUCUCGAUCACAGAUGUGUCCUUGCCAAACUACCUGGUGGCCUCCUCUGUGGGCCUGUUGCCCACACAGCUUCUAAACUCCUACCUGGGCACCACACUUCGUACUAUGGAGGAUGUCAUCGCUGAGCAAAGCGUCAGCGGCUACUUCGUGUUCAGCCUGCAGAUCAUCAUCAGCAUCGGCCUGAUGUUCUACGUCGUGCAUCGGGCUCAGGUAGAGCUCAACGCAGCCAUCGCCGCCUGCCAGAUGGAGCUGAAGUCGUCGCACAUGAACGGCUCCUCCACCAAUCACAGCAGCUUCACCUACUGCAGCAAGAGGGUGACAGCUGGAAGCGGAAACUGCAUCAACAUCGUGUGACCUCGAAUCGCCGCACGUGACUGUAGCAGCCACGACCUGGUCACUCAAUUGUAACGCACGUAUCCUUGAGGGAACCAGCACAGUUCAGCUGGUGUCCCAAACACGCCGGCGGCACGGUAACGUACUGCAGCGAUCGUCCCGGCAUCUCGCUCUGAGCACCCUAAAAGUGUACGCCUGCAGUCGGUGUGGAAGUGCGGGACCAUGCGCCUGACAAUGGUGCUGAUGAACGUGGUACAUCAUAAUGGUAGUUUAUUUGUUUUUUUGUUAAUGGUACUUUUUUACAUGUGUUACAUGAGAUGACUGCGGAAAUGUGACGUUCUCAUGGCAACCUGCGAAAUAGUCACGAUAUUUAAUCCUUUCUUUUGUGCUCAUGUAGAACUUCAACUUACAAAGUCCACACUGGGAGGCAGGAGAUGGUGGCAGUGGCAUGAGUUAAUCAUACACUUAUUGAGACUGUAGUUUGAAUGCUGAACAGGAGCAGAGCUUUCAGACUCUGUUUUAUUAACUUUACACUUAAGAUGUUUGCUUUCUUUUACUGCGGUUUGGGUUUAGGCACCAAAAGCACUAACAAAAUAAUAGUUUGGGUUAAAAUGCAAAGUUUGUUUUCUACAUGAUCUAACGUGACUGUUUCACUUUUGCCAUGAGAGCGGGCAAAAAUAUGGCGGGUAGCGCAGUGAGCGAGUUUUUAAGUACAUGGCAGGAAAUGAAAUACCUGCUUUUUUUCUGAAUGUGCAAUGUCCUUCCUUUCAAUGUCGGUUCCUUUCAAGAAAGGAACCGAUUUUACUUUUCAUUUCAGUGUCAAAAGAACACCAGCCUAUGCACCUUUAUUUCAAAGUAUACCUGUUUCUAUUUUAUUUCAGGUGAUUGAAUUAUUUUGCUUAUUUGCAGUAUGAGUAAUAAAGGGCAUUAUUAAUAUUUUUGAAUUAUUUUGCAUUUAAUUAUGGUUCCCUUUUUUUAAGUGUCUUAUUUUUGGACUAAGGAGAAGGCGGGAACACUCCCAGUGCGUGUAGGCUUUGCGGCGACUUCAGCUGCCUGGAUAUCAGUUUGAGCACCUCCUGCAGGUUUGAGAGGAGAGCCGGGAAGUUUAUAAUCCAAUAUGUUUUACUCAGAGCCGCACACCCUGCGAGCGAUUCCCGCCACAUUGGUGAUCCAUUUUGAUUUUUCGUUAAUGUUCGUUUUACUUUUGUUUUUGUUUUUGCUGUGAGAUUUUUCUUUUCUUUUUUUUUCUUUUUUUUUGGAGAAUUAUACAGUUUUUUUCUCUUUUCUUUAAAAUGGUAGAUUUGAUAAAUCAGUGCAAUACAUCGAGGAACGAAACUGCAAGAAUGUCACAUUUCAGUGCUGAAACCAAACUAAUAAGAAAUGCUGUCAUGCAUACGACAUAACACAAACCCAAGUCUGUGUGUUAUUUGGGGUUUAUCUUACUUAGAUUAUAGAGAUGUGAGCUCGAUGAGAUAAAAAAGCUUUUAUUUUUUAAUGUGCCGUGAAUUGAUGAAGCUUAUGAGACGUUAUGACCCUGGCCUCGCCUGAGGUGAGGCUGAGUGCAACUUAGGACUUUUUACUUGUUGGUGGUGUUAGACAUCACCUGGUAACUCUUUUUUUUUUUUUUUUUUUUUUUUUUUUAAAUUUCUUUAAGCUCUUAAUACAACAAGGAUCUCAUGCUGUAGGUUUGUUUGCACAGUCCACUACAGACAAACAUUAUUUUCAUACAGAUGAACUACAAAUGGGUUUGGUUGGUCAAAAGGAGAACUGGAUGUGUCAUGGAAGCUGACAAUCAAACACAACACGGACACUAAGGGAUGAAUGUGAUACUACUUUUUAUUUUUUACAUUUAUUGUGAUGCUGCUCCUCAGACCAAGUCUGAUAGAGGAAUAUUAAGGGCUCCUAUUUAAAAGAUUUAAAAAAAAAUUACACAUCUUAAUGUUCCUGUAGUUCACAAAAAGCCUGCUUUGUGAUGCUGGUGCAACUUUUUGUUUUGUUUUUAAUUUUAAUUUUUGUACCUUUUUGUUCUUCUUAACGCCAGAAACUGUCUUCACCCAAACACAUUCCAUGCUGUCAGUCGACUGGCAAGCUGUAGAGUUAUUUUCACACUAAAUGUUGGUUUAAAGGGCCCCUUCCGGUUUGAAUUUAGCAAUAAUUUUGACAGUUUAAAGCAAAAAAAACAAACAUAUACCAAUAUGUACCAGUAAGCUCUUUAGCCAAGUGAGGGGAAUUGCUUAGUCGGGUUAUAACGUGAACAAAAAGCUGCAUUUAAGUUAUUUGAUUUAUAUUCCAGAGUAUCACCUUUCCCAGGUUUGUAUUACAGUGUUCAGCCUGCCUUUUACCUCCCGCUGCCUCUUUGACAGACAUCUCUGAGCUGCCUAUGAUUUGAAAGAGACGUCACGAGACACGCUGGUAUCUGUGAUCAGAACAGCUUGUUUGGUAUUGGGAGAGUCCCUGAAAUGACUGACUGCUUGCACACAGAUCACACGAACAUCUUUAUCGUCAGAUUGAAACACUUUUACAGGUUCUUACUUGAGUUGACAGUUUACGUAUAGAGGGAGAGAGAGGAACAUGUUUUACAGCUGAUAGCUUGUGAAAAAAAAUCACUUAGCACUUAGUCAUGUUUUAAAAGCAUGGAAAUGUGGUUUGUUUUAAAGUCUUAGAUGUCCCCUAACAGAGACUCUCCAGAAACGUAGCGUGAUUAAUGAAGCUGUUCUGCUCGGAAGUGGGAUAUUUCUUUUUUUAAAUUUAUUUAUUUUUUUUGCCAUGUUUAAUGCAAAAAUCAAACAUAUAAAUGAAGCUCAAUUGGACACCGUGGACACACGUCAUUACGUUUAAGCGUCUCACCUGGGAACUCAGAUUGUGCAAAAAUUUAGUUUUACAUUUAAAGGCUUUGGUUCUUCCUACGUGGGCUCUACUUAACUUUAGAUAUAGUUAUGCAACAACUGAUUCCUAAGGGAAGUAUGUUUCAUAGACACCCAUAUAAGACCUGGGUUUGGGAUGCAGGUGUUAUAUCGAGUGAGGGAUCAUUAACCUAAAGGGCCAUGAGGUCAUGUGUGGUUCUAUGAAAUGUAAUACUUCCCCAUCUGUAUCAAGUGCAUUACACAUAUACUGUAUUUUGUAAUACAGAGAAUUUUACAGUGUAUAAAUGUUAUUUAUCACUGUACAAUGCUUGUUCAGUGUUAUUUAUGAAAGAGAAAAUAAAA